CUUUUACUUUCAGUCUGGGACGUGGUUAACUUUGUCUUGCAAUCAAGACAAAGGGUCAAGUCUAGUGAUCAUGCCCAAGUUUGUCCCCCGCCAGCGAAAGCAAAAGCACAAGCAAAGGGAGGCAACAACCGCUCCGGUAGACACCAAUGUUGCCGAACUUGCGCCCGUCUCUAAGGAUGAGAAGGAGGCCAAACGGCAGAAGCUAAAGGAAGAAUUGCGAGCACAGCACGCUCAGGUUUCUUCCAAGAAGCAGAAGCGCUUGGACAAGUAUAUCGUGCGUGCGCCUCUAUAUUGGCCAUCCUCUAUCGUUAUGUCUAACACUUUGUACAGGAAAACAAGCUGAAGAAAGAAGAGAAUCUCGAGCUGCUUAAAAAGCUCGCGCAAUCCAAGGUUGAUACCUCGGCCCUCCAGAGCUCCAAGGAAUUAGGAAAGCGCAAGCGACAAGAUGAAGUACCGGCCGUAUCUAGAACCGCGGAUCACGACUCGCGCCAUGAUCAGGACCUAGACUUUUCGGACGACGAUUCGGA